GCGGGCGCCUGCGCAGUCAGCGGGACGCUGGUGUGCUAGAGCUCACGUAGAGAAGUCUGCAGUCGCCUCCUAUCCAGCGUUGCCGUGGCGGCCUAGAGGUUAUAAAAAGGCUUACUGGCUCCCUCUGCCGCCCAGUCGCGCCGCCAGCGGGUUGAAGGAAGGGAGUAAGUAACCCGCCCGUGUGCUGGCAACAGGGGACUGAAGAAGGCGCUCCCGUCCUACUUCCCAGGAGCCCAGGAGAGGAAGUGUCUGCAUCUGCUACAUUCUAGAAGCUUUCCCAAAGAGUUACUGUAAAGCAGCCAAGAGAGGAGUGUAUUUUACUACUGUGUGAUUCUGGAAGUAUCUGGAAGUUUGCAGCAAACUCGAGGAGGAGACUUUGGAAUACUUCCAGAAUGUGUGUGAACCUGUAAAAUAAAGACUUCCAAGAUGAUCCGGUGUAUUUUAAUUGUAGGGAUUCUACUUCCCCAGUCUUUGGCCCAUCCAGGCUUUUUUACUUCAAUUGGUCAGAUGACUGAUUUGAUUUAUACCGAGAAAGAUCUGGUGACUUCCCUGAAAGACUAUAUUAAGGCAGAAGAAGACAAAUUAGAACAAAUAAAAAAAUGGGCAGAGAAGUUAGAUCGGCUAACUAGCACAGCCACAAAAGAUCCUGAAGGAUUUGUUGGGCACCCUGUAAAUGCCUUCAAGUUAGUGAAACGUUUGAACACUGAGUGGAGCGAGUUGGAAAAUCUAGUCCUUAAGGAUAUGUCAGAUGGCUUUAUCUCAAACCUAACAAUUCAGAGACAGUACUUUCCCAAUGACGAAGAUCAGGUUGGGGCAGCCAAAGCCCUGUUGCGUCUCCAGGACACCUACAAUUUGGAUACAGAUACCAUUUCAAAGGGUAAUCUUCCGGGAGUAAAACACAAAUCUUUUCUAACUGUUGAGGACUGCUUUGAGUUGGGCAAAGUGGCCUACACAGAAGCAGAUUACUAUCAUACAGAACUGUGGAUGGAACAAGCACUAAAGCAGCUGGAGGAAGGCGAGGUUUCUACCAUUGAUAAAGUCUCUGUUCUAGAUUAUUUGAGCUAUGCGGUGUACCAGCAGGGAGACCUCGAUAAGGCACUUUUGCUCACAAAGAAGCUUCUUGAACUAGAUCCUGAACAUCAGAGAGCUAAUGGUAACUUAAAAUAUUUUGAGUAUAUAAUGGCUAAAGAAAAAGAUGCCAAUAAGUCUGCUUCAAAUGACCAAUCUGAUCAGAAAACCACACCGAAGAAAAAAGGGGUUGCUGUGGACUACCUGCCAGAGAGACAGAAGUACGAAAUGCUGUGCCGUGGGGAGGGUAUCAAAAUGACUCCUCGGAGACAGAAAAAACUCUUUUGCCGCUACCACGAUGGAAACCGGAAUCCUAAAUUUAUUCUGGCUCCAGCCAAACAGGAGGAUGAGUGGGACAAGCCUCGUAUUAUUCGCUUCCAUGAUAUUAUUUCUGAUGCAGAAAUUGAAAUUGUUAAAGAUCUAGCAAAACCAAGGCUGAGGCGAGCCACCAUUUCAAAUCCAAUAACAGGAGACUUGGAGACGGUACAUUACAGAAUUAGCAAAAGCGCCUGGCUCUCUGGUUAUGAAAACCCUGUGGUGUCUCGAAUUAAUAUGAGAAUACAAGACCUAACAGGAUUAGAUGUUUCCACAGCAGAGGAAUUACAGGUAGCAAAUUAUGGAGUGGGAGGACAGUAUGAACCCCAUUUUGAUUUUGCACGGAAAGAUGAGCCAGAUGCUUUCAAAGAGCUGGGGACAGGAAAUAGAAUUGCUACAUGGCUGUUUUAUAUGAGUGAUGUGUUAGCAGGAGGAGCCACUGUGUUUCCUGAAGUAGGAGCUAGUGUUUGGCCCAAAAAGGGAACUGCUGUUUUCUGGUAUAAUCUAUUUGCCAGUGGAGAAGGAGAUUAUAGCACACGACAUGCAGCGUGUCCAGUGUUAGUUGGAAAUAAAUGGGUAUCCAAUAAAUGGCUCCAUGAACGUGGACAAGAAUUUCGAAGACCGUGCACCUUGUCAGAAUUGGAAUGACAAAUAGGCUUCUCUUCCUCUACUUUUGUACUCAGAUGUGUCUGAUACACACAGUUCCCAGUCUUAACUUUUAAGAGUUUACAAUUGACUAACAUAGCACUCCAUGGUUGAUUCAGUUAUGAACCUCACCCCAAGUUUCAUCUGUGGACAAUCACUAACUUUGUGGGGGGUUUUUUUCUUUUAAAAUUAACACUAAAUCACCACACUAUGCAUACAAAACCUUGAAGUUCAGUUGAUAUCACAGAGGACAAAACAAGGCAGACUUAAAAAUGAGGAAUUUUUACAUUUGUUACAUUUUAAAGAACUUUUUGGUUAGAUAAAAAAUAUACUUUAUGCAUCUGAUUAUAGUAUAAUCACUACAUCUUAGUUGGUGGGUGGUAGGCUAGAAUGUCUUAUUUUCUGGAUCUGCCUGAAGGCUAGGAAUAAACUAGGCCUCUAAUGUGGGUCCCAUGCAAUGUUCAGCCCUCCAUGUACCUUUCUAAGUGUUUUUUUUCCCUCCCAAGUUCUUUUUAAAGAAAAUAUACUUUAUUUUACCAGUUCCCUUUUUCUUUCAUAACUCCUUUGUGGUGAAAUAAAUGUUUGAGGUAAAAUAGUUUGAUUUAAAAAAAAUUUUAACAGUUCUACAUAACGCUGGGGUUCUAAACUAAAAUGAUCAUCACUUGGUCUGUUUCUUCAUCCUUUUUCUUAAAUGACUGAUGAUUUUGUCCAUAAAAUUUUAUUAGUGCUAAUACCUUGCCUCAUUCUUGCUACAGCAGGGUGAUGAUACUGGCAUUCUAAUUAAAUAAAUAUCGUGCCUUAGGAGACUGGAAAUUUAAAAAUGUACAAGUCCUUUCAAUGAUGAGGGAAUUGAUUUUUUUAAGAAGAAGAAAUCUUUUUCCUAAAAAGCCAAAAUGUUUGUUUUUUCAAUUCUGAAAUGUGUUGUGAUAACAAUGACCU